CUAGUGCUGGUAAAGGGGAGGGGGUGAUCCGCAACACACAACAGGAGAUAAGCUUGAUUUGUUCAUACUUCAACCACUGGGGCUCUUCUGCAUCUUUUCGCCGUACACAAACGCGAUGAAAUUAAGCGAAAACACGGCAUGAUCUCGACGGAAGCCAGCGGCACCGACACAUCUGCGUCCUUUUAAUAACCGGACGCGCUUUCCCCUCUCCGGUUUACCGACUUUUUAGUGUUCGGGAUGGGUAAGGAGGUGAACGGCGUCUCUCGGAGUCGCUUUGAGAUGUUCUCCAAUAAUGAUGAGGCGGUUAUUAACAAGAAGCUGCCCAAGGAACUGCUGUUACGAAUUUUCUCAUUUCUGGAUGUAGUCACGCUUUGCCGCUGUGCGCAAGUCUCACGAUCAUGGAACGUAUUAGCUCUGGAUGGCAGUAACUGGCAGCGCAUUGACCUCUUUGACUUCCAGAGAGACAUUGAGGGCCGCGUGGUGGAGAACAUCUCGAAACGCUGUGGAGGUUUCUUAAGGAAGUUGAGUCUCAGAGGAUGCCUUGGAGUUGGAGAUAGUGCACUCAGAACGUUUGCCCAGAACUGCAGAAAUAUUGAGCUGCUCAGCCUCAAUGGCUGCACCAAGAUUACUGACAGUACCUGUAACAGCUUGAGUAAAUUUUGUCCCAAACUGAAGCAUUUGGAUCUCGCCUCCUGCACCUCAAUCACCAACCUGUCCCUCAAAGCUCUGAGCGAGGGCUGUCCUUUGCUGGAGCAGUUGAACAUCUCGUGGUGCGAUCAGGUGACCAAAGACGGCAUUCAAGCACUCGUGAGGUGUUGUCCAGGACUCAAAGGACUGUUCCUCAAGGGCUGCACACAGUUGGAAGAUGAAGCACUUAAGCAUAUUGGAGGGCAUUGUCCAGAGCUGGUCACGCUCAAUUUGCAGACGUGUUCACAGAUCACAGAUGAAGGCCUCAUCACCAUCUGCCGGGGGUGCCAUAGACUGCAGUCUUUAUGUGUGUCUGGCUGCGCAAAUAUUACAGACGCCAUCCUCAACGCCUUGGGACAAAACUGCCCUCGCCUCAGAAUAUUAGAGGUGGCUCGCUGCUCUCAGCUUACAGAUGUAGGCUUCACCUCACUAGCACGGAAUUGUCACGAACUAGAAAAGAUGGAUUUAGAAGAGUGUGUACAGAUUACAGAUGCUACGCUCAUCCAACUCUCUAUACACUGCCCUCGACUACAAGUUCUGAGUCUGUCUCACUGUGAGCUGAUCACUGAUGAUGGGAUCCGUCAGUUGGGCAGUGGCCCCUGCGCUCACGACCGGCUGGAGGUGAUCGAGCUGGACAACUGUCCGCUCAUCACCGACGCUUCACUGGAGCAUCUGAAGACCUGCCACAGUCUAGACCGCAUCGAGCUGUACGACUGCCAGCAGAUCACCCGCGCUGGCAUCAAACGCCUGAGGACUCACCUGCCCAACAUUAAAGUCCACGCCUACUUUGCACCAGUGACUCCGCCUCCUUCAGUGGGCGGGAGCCGGCAGAGAUUCUGUCGCUGCUGUGUCCUUCUAUGAUGAAGACGAAACAGACAGAAACCCCACAUGCAGACAUGAGCUUUAAGACACACUACAGUCCAUUCGACGGCUUUAUACCAGACCAACUGGGGGAAUGUGCUACUCUGUUCAUUGACAAACUCUUCAGAGGAGAGGCCUUUAUGACGAACACACGGCCGCUGCUCAGAAACACCUCAUCCUCAUUGUUUUAUUGGAACGGACCACUUGAUUGGAGAUAAGAAAUGCGAGACCAUCAGACGGUAAACCAGCUCACCUUUAUCACCACUAAACACACUUUUACCGGUGUGUUUCUUUUUCCACCUGUGAACCCCUAAGGAUUUGCUUCUUACACAUUCACACGCAAACAAACACACACACACUCACUCUUUCUCUCUGUUUGUGUCACUCUUGUGGCUUUGUUGAGCAGGGACUGGAUAUUCUUCAAGCAUGAUUCUCUUCUGUUUUUUUUUAUUUUUUAUUGGAAAUCUCCUCAGAAGGGGUCUGGGUUACAGACAACAUGCAGAAGUAAGGCAAAUAGAGUGUCGUACUGAAUAAUCACAAUGUUUACUGGUGUGUUUGUGUGUGUGUGUGUGUGUGUGUGUGUGAGAGAGAGAGAGAGAAUGUCUGUUAUUCAAUUCUGAUGGAGAAAGAGAAGAUCACCAGGCUUCAUUCAUGAAACAAGCACUAUUAAUUUCUCAGAUAAAUAAUCAAUAAAAGUCAUUCUUGCUUUUAUUACUA